CUCCGCCCUCGCCCCGCGGGAUCCCGGAGCCCGAGCCGGCCCCGGGCCCAGGCCGCCCGCGCCGCGCGGCGAGAGAACAUGGCAGCAGAAUGAGGAGUCUGGUCCCGGGUCGUGGCCGCCACCGCCGCCGCCGCGCUGCAGCUCCAGUUCCGCGCCCCGCGCCUUCCUAGCCGUAUGCUUAGCCGGCCUCCUGGUGGCCGUCGGUUUAUUUCACACGGGGCGGCGGGCGGGGAGGAAGGGGACCCCGCCGCUCAGCCGGUCCGGGCUCCGGCAGCGUGUCGCGGCUUGUGCGUGAGACUCGCCGGCUGCGGAAGCGACGCGGGGGACAGCCGGUCCCGGGUGCGGGGAUGAGCCGGCCAUGGAGCGGCCUCAGCUGUGCGCACGCAGCCGGCCGGCGCUGCGGCGGGAGCGCCGCUUGAGCCGGGGCUCCGCGGGGCUUCGGGGCCUCGGGCGCCGCGGGAGGGUUCCUGCCGCCGCCUCCGGGAAGGACGGGAGCCCUGCGUGGCGGACACUGCAGCAGUCACCGAACUGAGGCGCCCGAGCCCGCUCCGCCUGCAGCUCGGUGUUCUCUGGGCACCCGGGCGCCUUGCCCACGGCGGCUGGCGCACCGCGGCGAGCUGGGUGCGGGACUGGCUAGAGGGGUGUGUGUGCGCGUGUUCGACCGGAGAUCCGAGCUAAAGCAGAAUCAGGUGGACUCAAGCAGCCAUGCUACCCGGGGUGGGCGUGUUCGGCACCAGCCUCACGGCCCGUGUCAUCAUCCCGCUGCUGAAAGACGAGGGCUUCUCGGUGAAGGCGCUGUGGGGCCGCACGCCGGAGGAAGCGGAGGAGCUGGCCAAGGAGAUGAGCGUCCCCUUCUACACCAGCCGCAUUGACGAGGUGCUGCUGCAUCAGGAUGUGGACUUGGUGUGCAUCAACCUGCCGCCGCCCCUCACCAGGCAGAUCGCUGUCAAGACCCUGGGCAUCGGCAAGAAUGUCAUCUGCGACCGCACGGCCACGCCGCUGGACGCCUUCCGCAUGAUGUCGGCCGCCCACUACUACCCCAAGCUCAUGAGCAUCAUGGGCAACGUGCUGCGCUUCCUGCCAGCCUUCGUGCGCAUGAAGCAGCUCAUCGAGGAGGGCUACGUGGGCGAGCUGCUGGUGUGCGAGGUGCAGGUGCACAGCGGCAGCCUGCUGGGCAAGAAGUACAACUGGAGCUGCGACGACCUGAUGGGCGGCGGAGGCCUGCACUCGGUGGGCACCUACAUCAUCGACCUGCUCACCUUCCUCACCGGCCAGAAGGCGGUCAAGGUCCACGGGCUGCUCAAGACCUUCGUGAAGCAGACCGACCACAUCAAGGGCAUCCGCCAGAUCACCAGUGACGACUUCUGCACCUUCCAGAUGGUGCUGGAGGGCGGCGUGUGCUGCACCGUCACCCUCAACUUCAACGUGCCCGGCGAGUUCAAGCAGGACGUGACCGUGGUGGGCUCGGCCGGGCGCCUGCUGGCGGUGGGCACGGACCUGUAUGGGCAGCGCAACAGCGCCGCGGAGCAGGAGCUGCUGGUGCAGGACGCCACGCCCGUCAGCAACUCCCUGCUGCCCGAGAAGGCCUUCAGCGACAUCCCGUCGCCCUACCUGCGCGGCACCAUCAAGAUGAUGCAGGCCGUGCGCCAGGCCUUCCAGGACCAGGACGACCGGCGCACGUGGGACGGGCGGCCGCUGACCAUGGCCGCCACCUUCGACGACUGCCUGUACGCCCUGUGCGUCGUGGACACCAUCAAGCGGUCCAGCCAGACGGGCGAGUGGCAGAACAUCGCCGUCAUGACCGAGGAGCCCGAGCUGAGCCCCGCCUACCUGAUCAGCGAGGCCAUGCGCCGCAGCAGGGUGUCCCUGUAUUGUUAGCGCCGCCGACUGGGGACCCAGCGACCUAGGCCUCCUGGGCGGAGCCCAGAGAAUGGGAAGGGCGUGGGGCUGAGGGGACCUCGAGGAGGAGCGCGGGGGCAGUGUGCGAAAACGGCUUCUGUGCGGCUGAGCCCCGCCCAGGCGAAGGAGCCGGAACGAGACCGGGGGUGCUGAGCUGAGACCGGGGGUGCUGAGCUAACAGCCCAGGAGUCCUCAGAGGGCCCGGGUUCCAGGGGCCAUGCCUGGGGCAGAGGGUGGGGGGGGGGCUGCCUCCACUGCCCCUUCACUAUGUGAAGCCCCGUGGGGUUGCUGGCCUCUGCCCCUCAUGAGACCCCCUCACCUUGGCCUCCUUUGCAAGCCAAACACUCCUGCGGGGUCAAGACCCUGUAUCCAGUCGCCAGGCAAGGGCAGGAGAAGGCACAGCUUCAGGUGUCCAGCAAGCCCGCUGGUCUGGGCACGGGAGGGGGUGCAGGGGCUAAUGAGCAAGUUCAGCUUCCAGGAAACCACUUGAGGUGUCUGAAGGAAAAAGCACGUGGGAGCCUAGUGUACAACCUUGGCCAUUGACUGGUCCUCCUGGCAGGAGCCGAGGGAGUGUCUUCCUAAUCGGCUUUUUGCCCUUUUCCUGGCCUGGGGUGUCGCGUAGGGGCAUGCCAGGAUGGCAAGCAGAGAAUCAGGUUACCCCUGAGCCAGAAGGAGAGGGCGAGGACACAGCCUGUGGCAAACGGGGGAGGCAGAGAAGAAAAUAUCUCUUUGGAUUUGUCAGCAAUUAAAAGCCCACAAGGAGCCACCUUAUAACUAUUCGCGGUGGAGCAGAAUUGAGUGUGAGAGGGAUUCGGUCCUGAAGUAUUGACAUUGUCCCUUCUUGGGGCCAAGGAGAUAGCUGGUGCGGGGGUGGGGGUGGGGUGGUUUGACUCUAGGCUGCUGUUCUGUCCUCCAGGAAGCUGUGCGCCCCAGGGUGGCAGUGGGAACGGGAGCCAGCCCUGGGCACAUUGCUCCUAGCAGGCUGGGGAGGGCGUUUAGGGGCUUCUCCAGCUUCGCGGAUGUAAAAGGGAAGCUUCAGGUCCACUCAGAUAGAAUCCUCAUCCCUUAGAGGGAGAAAAAAACCCCUCAAACCUCUUCUCCUUAGCUUGGACCUUUGCUCUCAUGCAUCACACACCUGAAAAUUUGUGAAUAGGUAUUAAUACAAAAGGACAACAAGCAUAAUUUUCAGUGUUUCAGAAAUGGGGUUUGAGAGACCCCUGCGGUAUAGACGUCACAUAGGCUUGAGAAACCUAAUGUAGGACAGAAAAUCUUUCUCCCCGUGGUCUCCCGUCUCUCUUGUCAUCCUGUUUACGGAGCUUAUAUUGGAGAUGGAUCGGAGCAGGCAGUGCCGGAAGGGGACAACCAGACACACACACACACACACACACACACACACGUCAAUGCUGGCUACCACCAGUGUCACUAAAAUCCCUCUUAAAAAAUUCAGACCUGGAGUUCUCACUGUGGCACCGUGGGUUAAAAAUCCAACUGCAGUGGCUCCGGUCACGGUGGAGGCUCGAGUUUGAUCCCCGGCCCAGCACAGUGGGUUAAAGGAUCCGAUGCUGCCACCCCUACAGUUUGGGUUCAAUCCCUGACCCGGGAACUUCUGGGUGCAGCUAUUAAAAAAGAUAUUCGGACCAGAUCUUUCAAGAUAGCCCAAGUCAAAUGUGGUUUGAAAAUGGGGGAUUAUCCUUCUGUAUUCUUAGCCUCCCCCUUCACCCUGCCCAGGACAUUUGCCGGGGAUCAGAUGUGGAGAAGGUUACUUGUGAAUCCACAUAGCGUUGGUUCAGAGUCCCAGAAAUCCAGCCGUUGUCUUUGGCCCCCAAGUGAAGUUUUGACAUCUUUUCAUAUAACUGGCAGUGGGUCGGGAAGGGAAUUGAAGGGCCAAGGUGCCCCCCCCCCCCAGGCUCUGGGGACAGAAGCUGAAACCAUCAGAUCAGUUGUCGCUUCCAGCCUCCUCCCAGGGUCAAUACCCUGAUGAUCCUGGGUGGCCUCAGGGCGACGUGCGGCCGUGUCCAAACCCCAGGGAAUGCUGGUGUUUUGUAGCACGCAGGAGUAGGCAUUGCCUUCCUAGAAAGAAUGACCGGCUCCCUGGGGCCCCGCUGCCACAUGGCGCGGUUAGUCAGCUGACACUGUCCGCACGCCCUUCCGUCCCUGCUCUGUCGACAGCUCUAUCAGUUGGGAGAAUGGAAGUCUCCCAGUCUUGGUUUGAGCAGUGGGCUGUGCCAUGGGCUGUUUUGGUUCAUAUCCUCCUAAAUUCCCCUCUGGAUAAAGAGCUUCUGUGGAAAGAAUUUAUUUUUUCUAGCUAGCCCGAAAGGCUGUGAUUAAGGAUGAAGAGAAAGGAAACUAGUGAUUCUAUGGGUGUCAUUUUUCUAAGUCGUUUCUAAUCUAAGCUGGGAUGUUCCUGGGCUUUUGAUUUUAUGUUUCUGUACUUAAAUACUUGGGAGCUGAGCUCUGUGAUAAAUAUUUAGUGUCUGAAACAAGAGUUCUCAUUUGGGGAGGGGUAUAUAGAAAGAAUAUAUAUUCUUUACAAGAAGCAUGAAACUAUUUUAGUAAGUGUGCUCAAUUUUUGUCUAUUGAAAUGCAUGUAGUAGGUGGAUGCAGGAAUGAGAGGAAGAAAAGACCUAGAGAGUUCUUUUUUUUUUUUAAUUUUUAUACAAAAACUAGACUAAAUGGGCUCAUUCGUGCUCUCUUGGCCCCUGUCCUGUUGCUUGCAAAGACCUGACUGGGAGCCACCGUAUAAAGCUGAAAUCUCAAGCUUUCGGCAGCAUUUUAUAGAAGGACUGGGUUCCAGCCCAGCACCCCCAGUGGUCCCCUCAGGGAACUGGGUCCCCUCAGCUGGAUUUGAGCUUAGAUGAAGUCUCCGGAGUCCCCCCGCGCCCUUCUGCCUUGUUUAAUGAGCAUCGAGGACCGAGGGUCAGGGGUGCUCUGUUUUUAGUUCUGUCACAUUUAGCCCUCCUUCCCCCCGCCUGCUUUGUUCUCAUCGUGGUGUGGGUGCCUCUGGAGCUGGGCGUUUGGGCUCAUGCUGAGCAUGGUCUCUGCAGAUGUUCCAGAUUCCAAAUCCUAAGCAAGAGUGUGAGUCCGGGGUUCUGACCUGGUACCCACGCAUGUUUGGAAUGGCUCUGUGCUGCUUUGCAAGAUUUGGAGUCUGAGUUUUCUUCUGGAGAGAGAGCCCUUGUCUGCCAUCAGCCUCCCCAUGACUUUACGCCUCGAAGCUAGAGGAGGCGCAGGGACCACAGCUCCUCCUUAGACUACCUGGCAGCAAAUAUCUGUGGGUUCGAAGGCAGCCUUGGCUGACUCCAGCUCAAGGCAAACUUCUCCCAGACCCUUCCUCCGUCUGCAAAGAGCCACCUCACUCCUCCCUGUGGUCCCACGUAUGCAGGGUAUUUUAAGUACAGGUGUGCAGGGUAUUUUAAGUACCUGAUCUCACCGAAUCCCUAAAAACAGCCCUGUUGCACUGGGUACUGUUAUCCCAUUUCCCACAGGAGAAAACUGAGGCCAGGAGGAGGAGGAACUUGCCGAGGCUCACACAACUAUUAAGCAGAAGUGGGGUCGCCUGAAUCUGAAACCUUUCCUCUCCCCUCCGCCCAGCUGCCUGCUGCCAAGAAAGGUUUGAGCCUCUGCAGUUCCUGCAGCAGGCAAAUGCUCCUCGGGGAACUAGCAGGCUCUUCAGAGCCGCAGUGAUGAGAGUUAGGUGUGACCUGCGGGGGGCUCCCUGUCUCGCCCACCUGCCCCCCAGGUCCUGCUGCUGACAGCUUCCUGUUGGCAGGACGUCAUGUUUGAUGUUCUGCCAGAAGGUUCCUGUAGGGUUGCAAAUGGAAGAAGGCGAUUUUUCUUCCCCUUCCACAGUGGAAAUAUCACUCAGCUUCUUGGGGGUUUUUUGGUUUUGGUUUUUUCUUCUUAUGGCCACACUUGUGGCACAUGGAGGUUCCCAGGCUAGGGACAGAACUGCAGCUGU